AUGGCCGCAGGAGCAACAGCUGGGAUGAUGAUGCUCCGAUGUGUCCUGGAAGGAAGCCUAGUGAUGCACGAGACCGAGGUCGAGCGGAGACCGUAUCAUCGGAACUGCAGCUGUGCUUUACACAAUUUAAAGGGUGUUGUUUGCUCUUCGGGUUGUUCCCAUGCUAGGAACGUAGCUUUUUCCAAGAAGAAGACCCGGAGGAAUGAUUGUUUGUUAUCGAUGGCGAAUUCCCAAUUCUCUACUCUGUCUUCUCUCGUUGUUGGCCGUUCCGUUAAAAGCAUGGAAUCGAAGACGUCGAUGGGAUUUUCCUUCAUGGAUGGUGAGAAUAUAUCAUAG